CCUCAAAUAGGCAGAGAAGGAGAGAUAGAGCGAGGGCGAGAGAGGGAGAUGGAUAUAGAAAAGAUCUGCAAGGUUGUGUCGACAGAGAUGGGUAUAGGGGCGGUCCGCGAGGCCGAGUUGGAAAAGAUAGAUAUAGAAAAGGUUCGCGAGGCCGCAUCGGCUCACUAUGGGGACUUGACAGACGACGAGAAGCAAGCAGCCCGAAAGUUCUUCGAGGCCAUGGACACGGACAAGAGCAACAACAUAAGCAUCGGCGAGUUCAGGAUCUUCCUGAGCCAGGCCAAGAUUCAAACCGACAACUGUAAUUGGCUCUUCGAAGAGCUGGACAAGGACAAGGACGGCACUCUCGAUUUUCAGGAACUGGUCACCUUCUUCUACGUCCUCACCCGCGACGAGUACAAACACCUAUUGAACUAUAGGCCGAGUACCGACGUACCCGGUCGAAAGGAAGAAAGUAAUCGCACGAAGAUUGGCAGUCAGAAGGUGGGAGGAGCUAAUGGCCAAGGUCCGAAAUUGGACAAGGGCUUUUUGUCAGGAGUGUACGACAAGUUAAAGCGCGCGUACAAGGUUGUGGAGUGGGAGAACGAAUGCUCCAUCGUGUAGGAGUGCUGCAAGCAUCGUCGUCCUUCCGAGGCAUGGAGGGCCACUUUCUUUCAAGGGAAAGAAGAAACUUUCUGUGUUGUUAUCGGUGUGUCGGGUGUUGGAAAUAAAGAAGCAUGGCGAGUUCUUGUUCCCUCGACCAUGGAACGCCCUUUGUUCUUUGUUGUAUUCCCAUCCAAGUUCCGUCCCAUAAUGUAACUUCAUGUGUUUA